AUGUUGCAUCUGCUGCUGCUGCUGCUGCUGCUGCCUGGAGGUAUGUCUGAUGUCUGCUCCGGACCAGACCUCGGUUGGGUGAAGAGGGACAGGAACUUCCCCACCCUCCGAGAGCUGCUGGCCUCCCCCUACAGACAGGGCCUCCACCCUCCCACCAGGAGGGGCCUCCAGCCCCCACUGGAGGGCCAGCCCCCCACAGGGGCCUCACCCUCCCGGCCUCCUACUGCAGAGGCCGCCAGCCCCCCUACAGAGGCCUCACCCUCCACCAGAGGGCUCCAGCUACUGAGAGGGCGCCAGCCCCACAGACAGGGCCCUCAGCCUCCCACCAGAGGGCCUCCAGCCCCUACAGAGACCGCCAGCCCCCCCACAGAGAGGGCCGCCAUCCUCCCACCAGAGACCUCCAGCCUCCCACAGAGGGCCUCCAGCCUCCAGAGAGGGCCUCCAGCCCUGAAGGCCUCAGCCUCCCACCAGAGGGCCUCCAGCCUCCCACCAGAGGGCCUCCAGCCUCCCAGAGACCUCAGCCAGAGAGAGCCCCCUACAGACAGGGCCUCCAGCCUCCCACCAGAGAGGCCUCCAGCUACAGAGAGGGCCUCCAGCCUCCCACCAGAGAGGCCUCCAGCCCCUACAGAGAGGGCCGCCAGCCUCACCAGGGGCCUCAGCCUCACAGAGGGCCUGCCCAGAGAGGGCCUCCAGCCUCACCAGGGCCUCAGCCCCCCAGAGAGGCAGCCAGCCCCCUCUACAGAAACUCAGCCUCCCACCAGGCCCGCCGAAGGCCUCCAGCCCCCUAGAGGGCCGCCAGCCCCUACAGACAGGGCCUCCAGCCCCCCCAGAGAGGGCCGCCAGCCUCCACUAGGGGCCUCGCCUCUACAGAGGGCCAGCCCCCUGAGGGCCUCCAGCCUCCCACCAGAGGGCCUCCAGCCCCCCUACAGGGCCACUAGCCCCACAGAGGGCCUCCAGCCUCACCAGGGCCUCCAGCCCCCUGAGAGAGGGCCGUAA